UACACACACACGCGGGGAUGUUCGUUCUGUACGUGUCUCUCUCUACAUCCAUUCCAUUCAUCCAUUCAUCCCGUAUCUCUACAAGGGAGGGCACACACGUUGUCUUGACCAAACCAUCUCACCGAUCUCCCAUCCCGCCAUCGUGGGCGGGAAUCAGCUUCACUUCCUCUUCUCGACGGUCAUCUCGACCUGAACCAACCAAUGGGCCACAUUCUCAUGAGAGAGCGAGAGAGAAGCGAAAUCACAUGAGUCAGGCGCACACAUACGUACAUUGUUGACGCGAGCAGCGAACUGCAACGAACACAGCGACUCCUCAAACGCCUGAAACACACACGGAGGAAGGGCACUCUCCUGCCUGCCUGCCAGCCUCCCAUAACACGCCCGCACGGCACGCCGCACAUCGUCAGAUGGGUUGAUCUGAAGCAGCAUGAGUGUCUUAGAGUCGCCUCCCAGCGCAUCCUACGAAAGAGCCCAUGGAUGGAUGGGAUGCCGAGCAAGCAAUACACCAUCCAGUCAGUCCAGCCACCCAUUCAGUCAUCCAGCCAUUUCCUGACUGACAGACCUGCAGCAGGUAGGUGAGGGUGGAGUUGCGAUAUGGAACGUGGGGGGUCUUGGCCGCCCGAGCGGCGAUGACGUCGCCAAGGCUCGUCAGGCUGCGGUUGAUGAACAUGGCCUCCUUGGCGCGCUCGUCCGUCGCACCGCUCUUCUUCAGACGCUCAGAGCCCGCCAAAUCUACUAAGUGCAACCUGCAGCCAGCCACAGGUGUGCCUGCCAGUGGUGCUCGUCGUGGCCUGCCUGGCUGUGGUACCUACCUACCUACCUUGAUUGGUAUUGCGUGUGGUUUGGUGUGGUGAUGUCGCAGUAGACGCUCAGGAUGAGGUGCGACCGGGACGAGUGCUCGUUGAGGUUGGUGCAGCCCACCGACCUGGUCGAGUGAGUAGUCAGUGAGUCAGUGAGACAUACACACAGACGUGAAUCGAAUCAAGGAAGGAUGCGUGAGUGAGUGUGUCAGUGGGCUGCGGCGCACCUGUUCUGUGUGCCUGUGUUGAGCGCGUUCUGAACUUCCUCUGGCGUGUUGACGGGCCAUAUUACCAGGUCGGGCACAUAGUUGCCCUGCGGACCCUGACAAAUACACCCACACACCCACACACACACACACACAUACAGGACGUGCAAAUCGACGCCUGUCUGCAUGGUGUGUGUAUGUUUUGUGUGGGGUGUCUGUCUGUCUGUCUGUCAUGUACUCACGGUGCGUAUGGCGAGUUUCCUCGGUGGCCGUGUGUCGUUUGCGUCGAUGAGGAGGUCCUGUAUCUCGUCGUUGUAUAUCUCUAUCAUCGACGUCUGCAACUUGUACCUACACACACACACACCACACACACACACAUCCAUCCAUCCAUCAAUAAUGCUUCUCUCCCUCCCAGCGUUCCUCCCUCCCUCGCAGCUCCCUCCACUCAUCCACUCACCUCAUUCACUCACCUCCAGUCCCCUCUUCUGUCGUGUAUGACGUUGAAGAGCUCCCGGAAUGUCCUGUGGUAUAUGCCUGGGUCCUCUGCCGUCCCCUGCAUUGAGUGCGUCUUGCCCGACCCCGUCUGGCCGUAUGCGAAUAUGCACACGUUGUAGCCGUCCAGACACGACACUACCAACGCCUGAACCUGAUUAUUGAUGAAUAAUAUACUGACUGACUGGCGUAUACAUAUGUGUCCGAGUGAGUGGUGCCUCCCCUCCCCCCGCCCGCUUCGCUUUAUUACCUCGUCGAACAGCUCCUGCUGUGUGGCUUCGUGGGCGAAUAUCUUGUCGAAGCGCCAGGUCUUCUUCUGGCCCGUCACAUCGUUCUGUUGGCACACAUGGAUGGACCAACAACGUAACGUGGCAGCCAGGCAGGAAGCCAGCGCCGGCCGGCCGUCCGUCUGGAGACACAUUGGUACCUACCGUGAUUCGGAUCUCAUCGUCGCCCGGGAAGGUGAUGCAAGAGUUGGCCUCGUUGCGCAGCAGAGGACGGACCUGAUGGAGACAGACAUGGAUGGAUGGAUGGAUUGGUGUGUGGAAGGAUUCGACAUAAGAGAUCGAUCCCUCUGUCUGGCAGGUCCUGCUGACCGACCCUGCAGUAGACUCGUAUGUUGCCUCUGAGCUCCUGCACGAGGUUGUGGAGUUUGCGCCGCAGCUGGGCCUCCUUGGCGAACUUGGCGUACACCGCCCGCCGGUCCGCCUCGGCAGCAGCCACCAACGAUGGCAGACGAGCCAACAGGUAGGGCUCCAUCCACUCACGCAGACUCGACACCUCCUGCAUGAGGGCACAGCACAGAGACACAGGCAAACACAAUUGACUGACUGACUGACUCGAUGUGUCUGUGUCUGUGUACCUGUCUGACGGCGUCUUUGAGUGAGAGGAGCAGUUGUCUGUGCCGCUGCAGCAGGGCGCGGAGAGACUGCAGGUGUGCGGCCUUCUCGCCCCGACUCACACUCGACUGCUCCUCCAAACACCUAAACACACAGACGGCGGAGGUCAGAGCAGGACAGAACAGAUCAUCGACUUGGUGGCUGUGUAGCCGGCUGGGCUGGCGAGUUACUUGUUUUUCUUCUGCAGCGCCUGGUAUGCCUGCGCCAGCUGCUUCAGUUUCUUGACCAACUCGCCCUCCCUGGCCUUGUACUCGGCCUGCAUUCAACACACACAACAUACACACAUCUCCCCUUCAUCCAUUCGCCCACCGCACCAGCCCUCCCGGCACUGCAGGCCUACUCUGCAGUCCUGCAGUUCCUUGUGCGCCUUGUCGAGGCUCUUUCUCAGCUGCAUGGCUUGCGUGUCGUCAUCGCCGCUGCCAUUCUCGUAGUCGCCAGGGAGGCCGUUGGUGGCGUCGGACUGGGCCGAGGGCGACGCGCUCGGUGAGAAGGAUGACGGCGCCAGGGUGGAGGCCGACGCCGAGCUGCUGAGUUUGGACCUGAGCUUGUCGAGUUCGCUGGCCUGCUUCUUGAUGUGCCGCUUGAAGGUGUCCACUUUGUCCUGCGCCUCCUGCAGCUUCUGCGUCAGCUCGGGCACCUAAACACAUCCCCCCCACACACACAUCCAUGAUCCAGCCAUGCAUCUGAUCUGCGUCCCUUUUAUCCCUCUGCCGUGUCAUCCCACCCCACCAUACCUCUAUUUCGCGUAUUUCCGUCCUGAUCUUGUCGACCAGCGCCUGGUAGUCCGAGUGUGGGCUGUGCUGCGACUGAGAGGAAGGCGAGCACGACUGGAGGGACGCCGCAUGGGGGAAGGGUGUGGGGGGAGGCGUCAGCGGGCCCAGCGGAGACGACAGCAGUGCUGCCAUACCAUCCGUCUGCCGUGAUGGAGGCUCCUCGGGCUCCUCCUCAGGCAGAUCCCUCAGCUCGGACGGCAUGUCCUGGUCAAAGACGCCCGGCUGUCUUUCCCUGACCCAGUCCACCUGGCCCUUGUAAAAGGUCGCCAGCCGCUUGGCGUUCCUCAGCUUGACGCGAGUCUUGUGAAGCUCGGUCUUGACGAGCAGCGUCUGCGAUUUGGAGAGUUGCUGGAACUCGUUGAGCUUGCGCAUGGCGGUGAGCUCGGCCUGCCGUGCGGUCUCCAUGGCCUGUCUGCAGUCGGUGUUUUCGCUCUGCAGGGCUGCGAUGGACGCCUCCAGCCGGUCUCUCUCCCCCUGCCACUCGUCGCUCUCGAACGCAGGGCUCGAUGAUGCGAUCUCUGACAAACCCAGCUCCUCCAGCAUGUCCAACCUGACAACAACACACACAACACAACACAACACAACACAACACAACACAUUCCUCGUUUGUGGUGUGUACAUACAUGUGGCGCAUGCGCACGAGAUUGUGUUGACCUCUUUGCGGUUUGUGCAGCCAGAGAAGGGUCAUAUGAUUUCGGCGUAUGGAACACCCGGCCGCCACGCCUCGAGUCAGGGCGGCUAUCCAUCACCCGCGACCACGGCUUCCAAGGUAAGCAAGUACCCUAUCUCUGGACAAUCAUGUCCCUAUUUGGAGGGAGGAGCCGCAGCUGGAUGCCCUGCAGGCAGGUGCAUUCGGCGUACUGUACCUCAGUCAGGAUAUCCAAUUUGGCGCACAGAUCUGAUAAGCCAGGCCUUGGACGAGCUCAUCACAACCACACA